CGUACAGAUAUGGUUAAAACUAAACGGUCACAUGAUAUCGCACACGUUACAUAGUUCCUAUCUGUCAGUCACAAAGAUGCUGUUUAUAGUGUGAUGGAUGGUGUUUGCUAAGGAGAGAUGAGAGAGGCUCUGGGAGGGGAGCCAUUAUGUAACCCUCUGAUUAAGAAAUUAGUUUUUUGCUCUCCGUUUUCAGUGCCUGACAUUCCUACAGUUACUUUGCGCUUCGGUUAGACAACACAGCAAGAAGAGAUCAGCGCGGGAAAAAGUGUGUAGAUGCUCAUCCUGUAUUUCUUCUAUAGCUAUGGUGUUUUUUUUGUAUUGUUUGUUUGUUUUUUGGAAACUAAGAGCAAGUGAAGUGACUGGGAACUUUUUGUAGAAGAGAAUGGCUUUGGUGAGAAUUUCUGUCUGGUAGGAGUUUGUUUUAUUAUAAGGUUAUAUAAGGUUGUUUUACAGAAAUCUCAUUUAUGAUGGAAAACGUUUUUUUUUUUUUUAAGUUGUAGCCUACGGGCCAAUAUGUGUUGAGCAAUGUGAUGGAAGUGUCUUACAAUAUGUUAUGUUGUCAGAGUGAUAGUCUGCAAAUGUACAUUAAUAUUUGUUAGGCCUAAAUAGUCUUAAAAGGUUACUGUAUGUGUAGUGUUUGGCCACAUGUUUAGGAAUGCGUUUUGCUUUUUCCAUGCUAGACCCAGAAGUCUGCGUUCUGUGCACAGCGUUAAAUAUUUGAUUGUGAAACCAUGAAAGAGAACCAAUAGUGUAAUCUCUCAAAUAUUCAGCCUGGCAUGUAGUGGAUUUGUUUGGAAAUGGAAAAGCAGGCAGUUGCUGGGUGUUGUCAGAUGUGUCUGUGAUCCAGCUAUUAAUGUACUUAAUUGUGAAAUGCCACCCCCGUAAUGCACAUGGAUCUUAGUGGUCAUUGGAAAGAGCAGUGUCAUUUCUGUGACAGUUUCCUGUCAGUCAUCCACUCGGUCUUCAUGUUGCUCAAUUAUACAGAGCUUUAGUUCUGUAAAGUCUAAAAUGUGAAUUUAUGAGUAUAACACAUUGGAGCAUACACACACACACACACACACACACACACACACACACACACACACACACACACACACACACACACAUCUGUUAUAUUGACCUAAUCUUGCCACUCUUAUUGUAUUUACAGUCAUUCAGAUCUCAUGGAAAACACCUGAGAUUAUUUUAAGAUAAGAUACCUUAUAUUUCUUGUAACAUAUAAACUUAAACUUUGACAAGUCGACAUUGUGACAUAUAAUACUCUCAUAAUUUACUGACCCUCAUACUGUGCCAGAUAACACUUCUAAAGACAAUAAUUUAACCAUUUGAGUCAAAUGAAUUACUUUUAUGUUGCCUUUAUGUGCUUUUUGAAGUUUCAAUAUUUUGGCAUGUAUUCACUUGCAUUGUGAGGACCUACAGAGCUGACAUAUUCUUCUGAAAAUCUUCGAUUGUGUUCAACAGAAGAAAUGACAUCAUACACAUCAGGGAUGGGAUGAGGAAAUGGUGAGAGAAUUGUAAUUUGUGGGUAAACUAUCCCUUUAAAGAUGGAAAUUCCAGACAUAGGAAGGUUAUUUUUUCUGCUGGUGACAUUCCCUUACAAAGUGGUCACAAAGGAAUCGGAGAGCUUAGCCUUUACUCUAAUUGAAUUAAGAGGGGUGACACAAAGGGGCUUGGACUGUUGCCCAUGUCUUCGGAAUGGUUGAGGACAAACUGGGUUACUAGGCAACAAACUGUGCCAAAUGUUGCAGUUUAUUUUAGAGCAACUGAAAAUAGGCUACAUUAGUACCACUGGUAGUUUUGUUUUACCCUCUAGGACAGGGGUGCCCAAUACGUCGAUCGCGAUCUACCAGUCGAUGCGCAAAGGCAAUGCUGGUAGAUCGCACAAAAUUGAAAUGUUCUUUGGUUAAAUUUUAAUAGAAAUAAAUAUAAUGUCUUUCCUUCUUUUAGUUUCUGUCUGACUUGCACUUGAUGAGUAAAUAUUGACCGGGCGAGGUCUUGUUUAUUCAGUUGCCAUGACAACUAGGUUUGCGCAUACACACCUUCCAAGGACUUCUGAGAACAGUGCGCAAAAUUGCGUUGCUACUGCCCGGAUUAGGCAAAACUGUCUGAUUCCAUUCAGUGCAAGUCAUCAGAAUAAGUUUUCUAGAGAGACGAGCCAGCUGAAUUCCCCAUCAGAGAAACUGAAGAAGGAGUUGGAGAAAGAGCUGAAAUUGAGCAGUGAUUACUUAUCAAGUCACGGUUGGCACCAUUGUCAUAUACCUAGGCAUGUGUCUGAGUCUCUUGUGAAACAGGAUGGGGAUUUUUUAGUCCGUGACUCCCUCACUAGCAAUGGAGACGAUGUCUUGACUUGCUGCUGGAACCAGAAAGCUCUACAUUUCCUAAUCAGCAAGGUUCUGCUCAAGUUAUAUGACGCGUUAAGGCAGUACAUUCUGGAAGCAGGAACAUUUGAUUCAGUGCCAGCACUGGUUAACUCUUAUGUUGGACAUCAAUGCCCUCUGACAAAGCAGAGUGCCUAUGUUUACUCACCAGUUAAUAGGACACUUCAACUAAGAUAGGCCAUGUUUGGGCUGCAAAGUGUUGAGAACAGUCCGGCAAACUCACCAACCAGGCAGAAUGGAAGCCACAAGAGGAGGGAAAGUAUAACUGUGACAGAGGCUAUGGAAAUUGAGCUGCGUUGCCCACAGAGCGAUGUGGUGAGGAAAUUUGAUGGCACCCUAGAGCAGCACCUUGUAGUUUCCACUUCUCCAACGUUGUUAAACACAUUGACCAUGCGGCGACGGAGUCCCUCAGAAAACAGGAAGUUUGUUAUAAUCCCUUCAUCACCUAUUCUGCCAAAGUCCAGUGAAAUCCAUCUUGGUUCAUCUCCAUCUGAGAACACACUGAUCUAUUUGGAACCAACUGUGCAUCUUCUGUCCAACAUUUUCACACAUUCUCAUCCAAAUAAUACCCAAACUGACCUUGCAGCUUCUCAACCAGUCUCUACUGCGAUAAAUCAUCCCUUUGAACAGAGACUUGAGAUCCAGACUUUGGAACACAGAGAGGAGUAUGAUAACGAUUAUUUAGUCCCUUUAACCAUUGACACAGUUACCUGUUUUAGACCUAGUGUGUACCAGUCACCACUGCUGCCCACAGACAAUAAACCUUUGGAGACCAGAAUACUAAAAAGAGUCAAGGACAUCCUGUUUGAAGUGGACACAAAGACAAUGGCAAUGCAUAUCACCAAAAUUGACUGCACGGUUGCUCGAAUAUUGGAUAUGCCUGAGGAGAUGAUGAAAGGGAUGGGGGUGAGUUCAGGAAUGGAGCUAAUCACCCUCCCACAUGGACAUCAGCUCCGUCAAGACCUGCUUGAAAGGUUCCACACCAUGUCUAUUAUGUUUGCUGUACAGCUGUUAGGCUGCACAGGCAGUGCAGAUGAGAGAGCUGCCCUUCUGGAUAAAGCCAUUUCCCUAGCUUCUGAACUGAAGAGCAACUUGGGCAAUAUGUUUGGCUUUGCCGUAGUUUUGAAAUGCCUGGAAUUCCCUCAGAUUGCUCGUUUGGAGGAAACAUGGAUGGUUUUACGUCAGAAAUAUACAGAAAGUGCUGUUCUUUAUGAGAAAACCCUUAGACCCUCAAUGAGGAUGAUGAAUGAUGGAGAAGAGAUAAAUAUACCAACUGAGACAACUUUUCCCCAUGUGCUCCCUCUACUGUCUCUUCUCGAGAAGAGUGUUGUGACUCUUGAGGAAUCAGAGUCAUGGGAAAGUGCAGACACUGGAGCGGCCAUGGUCUUGAGCCAUCUGGAUUCUGCACGUACAAUUGCAUGCAAUGGGAGGAUAUUCAGUGCUAAUGCAGAGGCCAAACUGCAGGGGUUUCACGAGGAACCAGAUGUUCGGGAGGUCUUUCUUACGGAGUUUCAGAUGCGUCUCCUGUGGGGAAGCAUGGGAGUGGACAGGAAUAAAGAUGAACGUUAUGUAAAGUUUGAUGAAGUGCUAACAGCUCUGUCCAACAGACUAGAGCUUUCUUACUCAAUAAAAUGACAGAGAUGACUACUGUUCACUGUCAGCCAAAAAUGUAUAAUUACAUUUACAGUUGAUUGGUGUCAUAGGAAUAUGCUGUAUGUCUGAAAGAGGUGUAUUGCUGAGUUUGGAAUGGCGUACUACCCAUACUACUCUCACUACUUCUGCCAUAUACGUUUAUGUCAAAAAUAGUAAGAGUAGUAUAGUAGUAUGCAUUUCAAACAAGGCCUAUGUCUGCAAUUGUACAAAAAGCCCAUUUUGCAAUUUUAACUUAUUUGAUUUUCAAUGUUUUCUUUUUUAUAAGGUUUAUUUGUGUACAUAAAAUGUAUACUCUGAAUUAUAUUCGGAAGGGAAAGCAGUUUUAACUUGUAUAUCUUUAUAAUAUUUUAGGUGUUAACUAUUUAGGGUUAAUGUACUUAAUUGCACUGUUGUUGUUUUAUGAAAUCUAUGACCAAAUAAUGGGUAAUAUUUACUCUUUGGGACACUUUUUUAACCCUAAAUGUAACCCUACUAUUUCAUAAAUGUACUUACACAAGUCUUUUAGCAAAUAAAUUCAGAGGCAGAUGAUUUUAACUUUGUCUUCCAUACCUGAUGUACAUGGGUACUUUAUCCAGAGUAAAAAUGUUUGUUUGUUUGUUUGGUGUACUGACUUGCACUGACUGAUUUUGAAUUUUAGUGUCUGAACAUUGAUACCACAUCACAGAUAUUGUAUGUAAAUUGAGUCAAUUGUGCAGUCAAUUUUUAAAUAAUCUCAUUAUGUUUUCUCUGAAACUAAGAAUAGUUGAGCCAAACCCAUCUGUCAUUGGACAGAGCAUAGUUUAAUCAUCCUAUUGUCUUUGGGUAAUUUUUUUUUGCCAGGGACAGAUAAAGAAUCUGUUACAAAUGCUGCAUAGAUUUUAGAGAUGAAACCAAAUGUUGUGACAGUCAAG